ACAUUAAAGUAUAACAUUUUAAACAAUUACAAGUGCAUAACCUGUUUUCAUGUUUGGAAAUUACACUCUGAUGGUUUCUCUUCUCAGUUCUGGACUUACUUCCCUGAACAGAAACUCUCAAAAGCCAGGGUAGGAAGAAAGUAUUGCAGCCUCGCUCACCAGCCAUCCCACAGCUGACAGCCUUGCACUGGAGCAGGCUGUCAAAAUCAAGCGUCCGAGCAAGCAGCCUUGCCUUCACCAUCCUGACUGGGGAAGAGAAAUAAUCAGGAGAAACUGCCCCUGCUCUGCCCCACCACACACCUGUCCACCUCAUGCCUGCGUCCAGGGAGGGUGAGGGUGAAGAGCCCUCCCAGCCAAGAUGAUCCCUGCUCUGGGCGCUGCUGCCGCCGUCCUCCCCCAGACCCUGGGCCGCAGCCAGUGGGAGAGUGGCCCCCAGCUGAGCCCUACCAGACUGCUGCAGAGGAGGUGAAGAGGGGUGGAGAAGAGGCACCCCCCCCCCCCAGACUGGAGCUCCUAGCCGCCCCCUUGUAGGCUGAGACUGUUUUAGGGAAGAAGGACCUGUUGGUGGCCUUGGCAGGCAGGAAGCUGGACGGUGGCUCUGCCCUGGCACCUAUGCCCCCGCGUCUGGCAGCGUCAUGAGCCAGUUUCAGGUGCCCCUGGCCGUGCAGCCGGAGCUGCCGGGCCUUUAUGACUUUCCUCAGGGCCAGGUAAUGGCAGGGGGCUUCCAGGGGCCCGGGCUCCCGAUGGCUGGGAGUGAGCCUCAACUCCGAGGGGGCGGGGAUGGACGAAAGAAACGGAAACGGUGUGGCACGUGUGAGCCCUGCCGGCGGCCGGAGAACUGUGGGGCUUGCACCAGUUGCACCAACCGUCGCACGCACCAGAUCUGCAAGCUGCGCAAGUGUGAGGUGCUGAAGAAGAAAGUGGGGCUUCUCAAGGAGGUGGAAAUAAAGGCUGGUGAAGGAGCCGGGCCCUGGGGACAAGCGGCCGCUGUCAAGACAGGCUCAGAGCUCAGCCCAGUUGAUGGACCUGCUCCAGGUCAGAUGGACUCAGGGCCAGUGUACCAUGGGGACUCCAGGCAGCUAAGCGCCUCAGGGGCGCCGGUCAAUGGUGCUAGAGAACCCGCUGGACCCAGCCUGCUGGGGGCUGGAGGUCCUUGGCGAGUAGACCAGAAGCCCGACUGGGACGCUACCCCAGGCCCAGCUCACACUGCUCGCCUGGAAGAUGCCCACGACCUGGUGGCCUUUUCGGCUGUGGCCGAAGCCGUGUCCUCUUACGGGGCCCUUAGCACCCGGCUCUAUGAAACCUUCAACCGUGAGAUGAAUCGCGAGGCUGGGAACAACAGCAGGGGACCCCGGUCAGGGCCCGAGAGCUGCUCGGCCGGCAGCGAAGACCUCGACACGCUGCAGACAGCCCUGGCCCUCGCGCGGCAUGGCAUGAAACCACCCAACUGCAACUGCGACGGGCCGGAAUGCCCUGACUACCUCGAGUGGCUGGAGGGGAAGAUCAAGUCUGUGGUCGUGGAGGGAGGGGAGGACCGGCCCCGGCUCCCAGGGGCUCUGCCCCCUAGUGAGGCCAGCCUCCCAGCACCCAGCACCAGGCCACUCCUCGGCUCUGAGGUCCCCCAGAUCCCUCCCCCAGAGGGCCUGCCUCUGUCCCAGAACGCCCUCAGUAUCGCCAAGGAAAAAAACAUCAGCCUGCAGACCGCCAUCGCCAUCGAAGCCCUCACACAGCUCUCCUCUGCCCUCCCUCAGCCUUCUCACUCCGCCUCCCAGGCCUCUUGCCCGCUUCCUGAGGCCUUGUCCCCUCCUGCCGCCCCUUUCAGAUCUCCCCAGUCCUACCUCCGGGCCCCCUCGUGGCCUGCGGUCCCCCCCGAAGAGCCCGCACCCUUUGUUCCUGAGAGCCCUGCCUUCCCCCCAGCAACUCCUAGAACAGAGUUUCCCGAAGCCUGGGGCACUGACACCCCACCAGCAACUCCCCGGAGCUCUUGGCCCAUGCCUCGCCCCAGCCCCGACCCCAUGGCUGAGCUGGAGCAGCUGUUGGGCAGUGCCAGUGAUUACAUCCAGUCAGUAUUCAAACGGCCCGAGGCCCUGCCCACCAAGCCCAAAGUCAAGGUUGAGGCUCCCUCCUCCUCGCCAGCCCCAUCCCCCGUUCUCCAAAGGGAGGCCCCCACACCAUCCCCGGAGCCGAGCGCCCACCAGAAGGCCCAGGCCGCCCUGCAGCAGCACCUCCACCAUAAGCGCAGCCUCUUCCUGGACCAGGCCCAGAACACCUCCUUCUCCGCUGCCUCAGAGCCGCCUGCUCCCGGCUGGUGGGCACCGUCCAGCUCACUGGUCCCCCGGCCUCCCGACAGGCCGCCCAAAGAGAAGAAGAAGAAGCCCCUGACACCCGCCGGAGGGGCCCUGGGAACGGAGAAAGCCACUCCCGGGAGUAAGCCCAGUGUCCGGAAGCCCAUUCAGAUCAAGAAGUCCAGGCCCCGGGAAGCGCAGCCCCUCUUCCCGCCUCUGCGGCAGAUUGUCCUGGAAGGGCUGAGGCCCCCGGCCACCGAGGAUGCGCAGGCACAUCCACCUGCCCCCGCCCCUGCCUCGCAGGGCCCUGCUGCCCCCCUGCCCCCAGAACCUUCUCUUGCGCUAUUUGCACCUAGUCCCUCCGGGGACAGCCUGCUGCCCCCUACUCAGGAAAUGAGGUCCCCCAGCCCCAUGGCAACCCUGCAGACAGGCUCUGCUGGCCCUCUCCCCCCCGCCGAUGACAAGCUGGAAGAGCUCAUCCGGCAAUUUGAAGCUGAAUUUGGGGAUAGCUUUGGGCUUCCUGGCCCCCCAAAUGUGCCCGUUCAGGACCCCGAGAACCAGCCAAUGUGUCUCCCAGCCCCCGAGAGCCCUUUGGCUACCCGCUCCCCCAAGCAAAUCAAGAUCGAAUCCUCGGGAGCUGUGACCGUGCUCUCAACCACCUGCUUCCAUUCAGAGGAGGGAGGCCAGGAGGCCACACCCACCAAGGCCGAGAACCCACUCACACCCACCCUCAGUGGUUUCCUGGAGUCGCCGCUGAAGUACCUGGACACACCUACCAAGAGUCUGCUGGACACACCUGCCAAGAGAGCCCAGGCCGAGUUCCCCACCUGCGACUGUGUUGAAAACAAUGAAAACAUAUCCAUGGAACAAAUAGUGGAGAAAGAUGAAGGUCCGUAUUACACUCACCUGGGAUCUGGCCCCACGGUAGCCUCUAUCCGGGAACUCAUGGAGGAGCGGUAUGGAGAGAAGGGGAAAGCCAUCCGGAUCGAGAAGGUCAUCUACACGGGGAAGGAGGGGAAGAGCUCCCGCGGCUGCCCCAUCGCCAAGUGGGUGAUCCGCAGGCACACGCUGGAGGAGAAGCUGCUGUGCCUGGUGCGGCACCGGGCGGGCCACCAUUGCCAGAACGCCGUGAUCGUCAUCCUCAUCCUCGCCUGGGAGGGUAUCCCCCGCAGCCUGGGGGACACCCUCUACCAGGAGCUCACCGACACCCUCCGGAAGUACGGGAACCCCACCAGCCGGAGAUGUGGCCUCAACGACGACCGGACCUGUGCUUGCCAAGGCAAAGACCCCAACACCUGCGGUGCCUCCUUCUCCUUCGGCUGCUCCUGGAGCAUGUACUUCAACGGCUGCAAAUACGCUCGGAGCAAGACCCCUCGCAAGUUCCGCCUCGCAGGGGACAACCCCAAAGAGGAAGAAGUGCUGCGGAAGAGCUUCCAGGACCUGGCCACCGAAGUCGCUCCCCUGUACAAGCGGCUGGCCCCCCAGGCCUACCAGAACCAGGUGACCAAUGAGGAAAUAGCAAUCGACUGCCGCCUGGGGCUGAAGGAAGGGCGGCCCUUCUCGGGGGUCACAGCCUGCAUGGACUUCUGUGCCCACGCCCACAAGGACCAGCACAACCUGUACAACGGCUGCACGGUGGUCUGCACCCUGACCAAGGAAGACAAUCGCUGCGUGGGCAGGAUCCCCGAGGACGAGCAGCUGCACGUGCUGCCCCUGUACAAGAUGGCCACCACGGACGAGUUCGGCAGCGAGGAGAACCAGAACGCCAAGGUGGGCAGCGGGGCCAUCCAGGUGCUCACCGCCUUCCCCCGCGAGGUCCGCCGCCUGCCAGAACCCGCCAAGUCUUGCCGCCAGCGGCAGCUGGAAGCCAGGAAGGCGGCAGCUGAGAAGAAGAAGAUUCAGAAGGAGAAGCUAAGCACCCCAGAGAAGAUCAAGCAGGAGGCCCUGGAGCUGGCCGGCAUCUCCACGGACCCAGGCCUGUCUCUGAAGGGCGGGUUGUCCCAGCAGAGCCUGAAGCCCUCGCUCAAGGUGGAGCCGCAGAACCACUUCAGCUCCUUCAAGUACGGCAGCAACACGGUGGUGGAGAGCUACUCGGUGCUGGGCAGCUGCCGGCCGUCCGACCCCUACAGCGUGAGCAGCGUGUACUCCUACCACUCCUACUAUGCACAGCCCAGCCUGGCCUCCGUCAACGGCUUCCACUCCAAGUACGCGCUCCCCUCGUUCGGCUACUACGGCUUCCCGUCCAGCAGCCCCGUCUUCCCCUCCCAGUUCCUGGGGCCUGGCACCUGGGGGCACAGUGGCAGCAACUGCAGUUUCGAGAAGAAGCCAGACCUCCACGCUCUGCACAACAGCCUGAGCCCGGCCUACGGUGGUGCUGAGUUUGCCGAGCUGCCCGGCCAGGCUGUUCCCACGGACACCCACCCCCCCACUCCUCACCACCAGCAGCCUGCUUAUCCAGGCCCCAAGGAGUACCUGCUUCCCAAGGCCCCCCAGCUCCACCCGGUGUCCAGGGACCCCUCUCCCUUUGCACAGAGCUCCAACUGCUACAACAGAUCCAUCAAGCAAGAGCCACUAGACCCGCUGGUCCCGGCCGACUCCGUACCCAGAGACCCUGGUAAGAUGGGCAAAACCCCUUUGCCCGAGGCAUCUCAGAACGGCGGACCCAAUCACCUAUGGGGACAGUACUCAGGAGGCCCAAGCAUGUCCCCCAAGAGGACUAACAGCGUCGGUGGCAGCUGGGGUGUGUUCCCUCCCGGGGAGAGCCCCGCCGUCGUCCCCGAGAAGCUCAGUUCUUUUGGGGCUGGCUGCCUGGCUUCUUCUCACUUCCCGGAGGGCCAGUGGGGGCUGUUCCCGGGGGAGGGGCAGCAGCUCGCCCCCCAGCCCGGAGGACGUCUGCGAGGCAAACCGUGGAGCCCCUGCAAGUUUGGGAACAGCACCUCGGCCCUGACUGGGCCCAGCCUGACUGAGAAGCCGUGGGGAGUAGGGGCAGGGGACUUCAACUCCGCCCUGAAAGGCGGUCCUGGCUUCCAGGACAAGUUGUGGAGCCCCCUGAAAGGGGAGGAGGGGCGGAUCCCCACCCCGGGGGCCAGCCCGCUGGACAAGGCCUGGCCGUCCUUCGGCAUGCCCCUGGGCUCCAGCGAGAAGCUGUUCGGGGCCCUGAAGUCUGAGGAGAAGCUGUGGGACCCCUUCAGCCUGGAGGAGGGGACCGCCGAGGAGCCCCCCAACAAGGGGGCGGUGAAGGAGGAGAAGGGCCCCGCGGAGGAGGACGAGGAGGAGCUGUGGUCCGACAGCGAGCACAACUUCCUGGACGAGAACAUCGGCGGCGUGGCCGUGGCCCCCGCGCACGGCUCCAUCCUCAUCGAGUGCGCCCGGCGGGAGCUGCACGCCACCACGCCCCUGAAGAAACCCAACCGCUGCCACCCCACCCGCAUCUCGCUGGUCUUCUACCAGCACAAGAACCUCAACCAGCCCAACCACGGGCUGGCCCUCUGGGAGGCCAAGAUGAAGCAGCUGGCGGAGAGGGCGCGGGCGCGGCAGGAGGAGGCCGCCCGGCUGGGCCUGGGCCAGCAGGAGGCCAAGCUCUACGGGAAGAAGCGCAAGUGGGGGGGUGCCCUGGUCACCGAGCCCCAGCAUAAGGAGAAGGGGACCGUCCCCACCCGGCAGGCGCUGGCCGUGCCCACAGACUCCGCGGUCACCGUGUCCUCCUACGCCUACACGAAGGUCACUGGUCCCUACAGCCGCUGGAUCUAGGUGCCCGGUGCCAGCGUACCUCAGCGUCGGGCCCGGCCCGAGCUGCCUCUGUGGUGCUUUUGCCCUCACACCUGGGGGCGGGUUGGGGGUGCAGAAGUCUUCUUAUCUAUAUAUACAUAUAUAGAUAUGCAUAUAUAUGUAUUUAUGGUCCAAACCUCAGAACUGACCCGCCCCUCUCUCCCCCACCUCCCCAGCACUUUGAAGAAGAAGCUACGGCUGUCGGGUGAUUUUUUUGUGAUCUUAAUAUUUAUAUCUCCACAUUGGCUUUUCCCCCCUUAUUGGGGGGCUUUUAUUUUCUCUUGUUUUUAAAACUCUAUCCUUGUAUAUCACAAUAAUGGAAAGAAAGUUUAUAGUGUCCUUUCACAAAGGAGUAGUUUUAACUUCCAUUUAAAAUGUGUAUUUAUUGGAUUUUUUAAAAACGACAAUAGUAAUGGUAAAGGAUGGUCAGGGACGGCCAGACGUGCUCAUUCCUGCCCAGGCUUCUGGGCCCAGCAAGCCUGGCCCCGUGGGAGCCGAGGAGGCUCUCAGCCGCCCGCCCCUCAGGAACCAAGUGCAGAGUGUCACUACCCGUCCGCCCCUCAGACAGACCCGCCUUCCCGCAGGGGAGGGAGCCCUCAGGACGGCUCCUGUCCGCUCCGGGAGGAUGGGAGCAUCUGUACAAAAACAUCUGGGGUCCCUCUUCCAGGCACCUGCUUGGAGUUGGGGGGCAGGACGGGUGCACCCCAGGCCAGGCACCUGAGAGGCUGGCGGAGGUUCCCCCAGAAACCAGGUUGGAAGUGGACGGCUGCCAGCCCGCUAGUCACCACACUGAACCCUCUCUGUCCGUUACCACGUCACAGGAUGUCACGGUUCCCCAGGCAGCACCUCGCCAUGGUGCUGGCCUCGAGGCCCUUCGGAGCCUUUUGCACCAAGUCAGCAAGCCAGUGAAUAGUCCCCGUCCGAAGGAAUGUGUCUUAUUGGCAAUGUCUAAAAAAUGCCCCAAAGUCCGUGCUGACCCCGAAAAAGGGCUACUGUAUCUUUAGAAGCAAGAAUUUGAACCCAAGCUGUGAAAAGCCAGCAUUGCCCCCUGUGCGCGGUGCUGAGCCUGGUGCUGUAGUAUCUGCUGGGACGUCCUCGGCUCUGGGGGCAGGUCGGAUCCUGCGGGAGCUCGGAGCUCGGCACGCCAGUGUGACAGCAGUUAACGCAUCUCUCCUCAUUCCUGGAUUUUCACGUCGGAUAAUGGUGCAUGCCUCACCCCUGAGCCCGCCCCCCCCCCCCCAAUGCUAUCAUUUGGGGAGUGGGCCUACACUUCACGAUUUUUAAAUGCAAGAGUCAAACGUUUUCAACUGGUAGCUAUGAUUUUCCUCCCUAAUUGGUGCCAUCUCUCUAUUCAGUCGUUUUCUCCUUUCCUUCCUCCCCUCUCCACCCACUUUAACACCCUCGUUCGAGAAAAUUCUGGUGCAUUCGUUCAGUUCUUUGAAAUGAGACUGUGGUGCUUAAUUCCCCCAACAUGGUUGAGAGAGAGGUUGGGCCUGGCAGGUGGAAGCAACCUCCGUGGACAGCAGGUCCCGCUUGUUGAGCGCCGGGGCUGCCUGUGGUAUUGGCUGCAGCUGUGUCCGUGUGGAUGCGCGUGAGCGGAGGCUCUGUGAGGACCCCGAGGGGAAGGUGGCCGCACGGCGAGUGGCAGCCGAGCCCCGGGAGAAACAGCAGGUAUCCGUUGAGCAGUUUUAUUCAGAUAUGGGUGUCACAAUCAGAUGUUGGUGCUAGAGGCAAGUUCCUGAGCUUCCAGGUGCCUUGUGUGAGCGCUGAGAGCCGCCCGCCAGGUUUACGGUCCCUGUUCCGGGAGCGCUGGCGGAGGGAGGGCCGCUGUCACGUCCUGAGCAUUUAUGUGGUCUGGUUUUAACUGUAAAUAGUGAAAGAUUUUUUUAAGCACUUUUGCCUAGAUUUAAACAGCAACUUGAAAAGAAAAAGUAUGUUUUAACAUGUAAUUGUGGGAGAAACUUGUAAAUAGUAGCUGAAUAUUUAACGUGCUUUGUCUAUCCUUCACUUUUACCAUAUUCUGUAAAGUUGCAUUUAUUUUACAGGACAAAAAAAAAAUGAAAUAUUAUUGCUUUUGAAAUAAAUACCCAAGAGCUUAUCAGGAUUUAGAAUUAUUCAGAACUCAGAUUUAUAGGAAAAAAAAACCUCUGACCUUCGGUUGGACAAGCGAAAGGAAGCAGAGUGUUGAACGAGCAUGCUGAUUUCCUAGUUUUGAGGAGACGUGGGGCCCUUGAAAUGCUAUUUUGCUUAUCGCGUCAGUACUUUUAUGCAGGUCUCAUUUGACUCCGUGCGUAGGUAGAUACGGGGGGUGCCUUGAAAACUUCAUUUUAAAUGAUCUUAAGCAAGAAAUACAAUAUUUUACGAAACGUUUUGGAGAAUGUGACCGCCUGUGUGGCCCAGGAAAGCCCGGGUCGGCUGUUGGUUUGGAAGGUCCCGAGUGAACCCAGGUGAUUCUGAUCCUUGGCAUGUGUGAGUCUUCCCGACGUGUGUUCGAUAGACCCUCCCCCUCGCCACCCUUUGGUAGCAAAGCCAUUCGCUGAAAAGAGAAUCCAGUACAAGCUCAAAGCAUGUGAUGUCUGUGCCCCACCCCGCCCCCAGCUCACACAGCCUUCGGUGCAUCAAUUUCUAGAUGAGCAAACGAAACAGGCUGCGCAGAGGUGAGCCGAGAGGCAGCCUCCAUUGGACGUCCCCAUCCCCUGGGAAAGGUGUUUCAGAAAUGAGGUGGUGCUUGUGGCCAUGCUCAAGCCCAUGCUGAUUUGUACACACUACAUGUAUGACCUACCUCAAGUCUCAGUCAUUGAAAUUAGCAUGCUUUAGACGUAUAUUUAAAAAGGAACUAUGCACAGCUCUUUAUUCCCCGCCCCCCUGCUGCUGAAGGUUUCUGAAAGAGAAAAAUCAAAUUUUUAUUUUUUACUGGCACUGUCAUUUUUUUUAAGUCCUAAAGAUGAUGAACCAGACAUUUGUAUCAUGAAAAGAAAAAUAAAGCCAUUGCAACUAAAGAACCUAACAGCCUGACCAAGUUCUAAGAGUAAUAUUAUAGCAACAGACAAUGAUGGAGUCUUCUAGUCACUCCCCCCGCCUGCCCCCGCCCCCCAGUGUGCCCCGUCCACAGACGCCAUCCACACGCAGCGCUGACCAUGGGUUCCUCUUGUUUCGUUUCCCCCCCUCCCUUUUGUGUGCAAGGGACGUGCUUGCAAAGUUCUGUGCUAAGAGAUUUUUAACAUGAAAAUUGCUUCGCGGCAGGUUCUCGCAAAAUAACGGUGCUAGCUCAAGAAACCCUUAUCCGGCCAUUGGAAAUCUUGACUGAGGUGUGUCAUGGGUUUUGAGGUGUUCUGUUUCUGUUGUGGUUGGAUUUGAGGUUGUUGUUGUGUGUUUUUUUGGCAGGGCCUCGGUGUCUGCUUUGCCUUCUCGCCGAGAUGACAGUGGCAUGCGUGGAAAGAGGUCAUACCUGCCCCUUCUUGGUCCUUCCACCGGCCUCUUUGGGACACCGUCGUGUGCAGAGCAGGGGGUCUUUGGCGUCCUAGCGCAAGGGAAGAAGUAGCAGAGCUUAAUUGUACUUAGCAGCAGUAGGUGUGUGAGGACGGCGGGUGAUGAGUCGUCGGUAACCUGAUCUCAUGGCGCGAAAUCCCGCCAGACUUGGUGACCGUGACCCACCGCCGGAUCUCCGACCCAGGCCAAGCCGGUGGGAAAUUAGAACGACAUCCCUGAUGUGCCUCAACCAAUCUCUCUCCUUUUGUUACUGAAGUUGUGCUUUAGGGCCUAGGAAGCAUUUUUAUGAAUUGAAAUAGUCUCAGUAAAAUGGUGCUAUGGUGUUUUAAUGUGACUGUCCCUGAUCCUGACCUGCUGAGGUGCUAUCAUGGUUCUGAAACCACAACCAACCAAAAACGAGGUGGGCUCCAGUCUCCCGUGGCUUCUUUUCCCCUCCCUGUUUUGGUGCUGUCUCCUUAGACCUCUGUUGACCGUGCUACCACCUGCUCUGAGCAGUAUUUCUGUUUUGUUUCAUUGUUCUUCCCUUGGUGGCCAAACACGGAAAGGCAAGUCGCAAAGGCAGCUCGCUCCCUGACUGCGGAGGGGGGCGGCCUGCCUGGCUUGGCUGGUGCUCUAGUUCCAAUUCUGUCUUCUCAGGCCUAAAGAGAGAGGAAGGGCUUCGUUUCUUUUUUCUUCCCCCCCCUCACCCUUCCCCCCCCGGAAGGGGACUCGGGUUCUCUGCCUCUUCCAACAUGGCAGGCAUUCUCAUAGCCAAGGACACAGGUUCUCCCGCAGCCCAGGGUGCCGCGGAGACCUCUCUCAGAGUCCCCAGGUGCUGUGCACGCCGCGGCGGACCGAGGGUCUCCUUCCUCCCCUGGCGUUGGCCAGGCCGUGGUGGGCAGGCCUCCCUUCUUGGCUCCUCAUAGCCUCUGCCCAGUGUCGCUUCUGCCUCUCACCGGCCACCCCUCGUGUUCAGACUGAAGGAAGGAGCUUUCUUUGCUCACUCGAUGCCACUGAGGCUGCUUUUUAGUUGGUGCUAUUCUACAUUUCCUCCUGGGUCCACAGAAGUUGAUGUUUUUUAAAAACUCAACGGGAAGCUCCAUUUUGUGUCAUCCACUGUCACAGUAAUUUUUUUUUAAAUACCUCAAAAACAGGA